AUGGCGGACAAUUGUUGUCCUGGAAGCGCCAUGGCCAUCCCAGCUGUGCCCACCGUCUCCAUAUGCCCAAGUGUUAGCAGCUUCCGAAAUGCUAUCUGUUUGCCCAGUUCCUGCCAGAGCAGAACAUGGCAGUUGGUCACCUGCCAAGAGAGCCGUCAGUCAUCCAGCAACACCCCAAGUAGCUGUGAAACUGCUUCUUGCCAAACUACGUGCCAUCCAUCAACUUCUUGUGUGGGUUUUGUCUGCCAACCCGUUUGUUCCCGCACAGCCUGCUAUGAAUCCAGUACUGGCCAGUCCACUUGUCUGGCUAGCACAUGCCAGCCAUCCUGCUUGGAAUCCGCUGGUUGUCAGGUCAAGUGCUCCGAAGCCAGCCCCUGCCAACUAGGCUCCUGCCAGGAACCUGUCUGUGUGUCCAGAUCAUGCCAGGAAGCUUGCAGCCAAUCAGUCUGCGGUGAUACUAGAUCCUGCCAGCCACCCUGCUCUGAGGUAACUUCCGGUCCUGAAACAUCAUGCCCACCAACCAUCUGUAUGUCCAGUUCGUGCCAAACAUCUUGCUGUCAAGCAGGUUCAUGUCAGCCCACUAGCUGUGAAGGCCAGCCCUGCGAAUCAAUGUAUUGCCAACCUGUCUGCUACAUUUUAAAGCCUUGCCAAUCAGUUCCUUGCAUGCCUGUUCCCUGCCAGCCACCAACAUAUGCAUUCAGUUCUUGUAAUCCUACUUGCUGUGUGCCCUCCUCCUGUCAGCCACUUCAUUGUCAACCAGCUUCUUCCAUCUCCUUCAUCUGCCAGCCAAUGGCUACCUGUCAGUUUCCUUGUUUUGUUAGGAACCCUUGUAAAUCAGUUUCCUGUGGCACCAUGCUUUCUGGCCAACCAAAUUGUGGUGGAUCGGCUUCCUGCAACCAAAGUGGCUGCAAAUCCCCCUCUUGCCUACCAGCUUGCUGUGUGACAGGUUUAGGCAAAUCAUCCAGUGGUGGCUCCAAUUGCUUCCGAACCACAUCACCAAGUUUCUGCAAAACAAGCAACUGCCUGUCGACCUCCUGCCAACCCAGCCACGAGUCUAACUUCCAGAAGACAGCACUUCAUUGA